UUAAUGCAGGCGCUUUAUUCUGGUGAGCAGCCUCUCCGCCAAUGAGGUGGGAGCUCUGCAGAAGACAGCGACGCACGGGAGCCCUGGAGGGGCGAGUGGGAAAAGCAACUGCAGCAUUUGCAAGGACUGACCCGCCGGCUCCGAGUCUUCAGCCCUCCUCGGACAGUCCGUGCGCGCGUGCGCGGGUGUGAGUGUGCGCGCGCGCGUGUCUCCCCGCACCAGCAAGCGACGCAAGUUGUGAUCCAGGUCCUGAGAGCAGUCUGCUGAGAACCUGAAGAGCAGUCAAGAUGGGGUUUAGCUUCUUCAAGAAACAUCCCAAGCCGGAAGCUAUAAUAGCUGCUACCACGAGUAAUCCACUGCCCCCUACCACAACGGUAGCCCCAGUAGUGUCAACGGACAAUGGAACAGAGUCUUCAGGUCCAAUGGAGAACAAGGAAGAUAUUUUUGCCAAGUUUAAAGAAAAGUUCAUGAAUGAAGUGAAGAAGAUUCCCUUGCCUCCCUGGGCCCUGAUCGCCAUUGCUGUAGUAGCUGGGCUGCUCAUUCUCACCUGCUGCUUUUGCAUCUGCAAGAAAUGCUGCUGCAAGAAGAAGAAGAACAAGAAGGACAAAAAGGGAAUGAAAAAUGCUAUGAACAUGAAAGACAUGAAAGGCCAGGACAAACAGGAUGAUGAUGAUGAUGAAGAGGGUGGAGAAGAGGGUGGAGAGGAGGAAGAGGAGAAAGAGCCAGAAAACCUGGGCAAGCUGCAGUUCUCCCUGGACUAUGAUUUCCAAGCUAACCAGCUCACAGUAGGAAUCCUCCAAGCGGCUGAGCUCCCAGCCCUGGACAUGGGUGGCACUUCAGACCCUUACGUCAAAGUCUUCAUACUUCCAGACAAGAAGAAGAAGUAUGAGACCAAAGUGCAAAAGAAGACCCUCAACCCAACCUACAAUGAGACUUUUGUCUUCAAGAUUCCCUAUCAGGAGCUUGGUGGAAAGACCUUGGUGAUGGCCAUCUACGACUUUGACCGCUUCUCCAAGCAUGACAUCAUUGGGGAAGUCAAAGUGCCCAUGAACACUGUGGACUUGGGGCAGCCCAUUGAAGAAUGGAGGGACCUUGAGAGUGCAGAAAAAGAGGAGCCAGAGAAAUUGGGUGACAUCUGUAUUUCAUUACGAUAUGUGCCCACGGCUGGAAAACUCACUGUCUGUAUCUUGGAGGCCAAGAACUUGAAAAAGAUGGAUGUCGGGGGACUUUCAGAUCCCUAUGUGAAGAUUCACCUCCUGCAGAAUGGCAAGAGACUCAAGAAGAAGAAGACCACUGUCAAGAAGAAGACCCUGAACCCCUACUUCAACGAAUCCUUCAGCUUUGAGAUUCCCUUUGAGCAGAUACAGAAAGUGCAAGUUGUGAUUACUGUGCUGGAUUAUGAUAAGCUGGGAAAGAAUGAAGCCAUUGGCAAAGUAUUUGUCGGCAACAACUCCAGUGGCACAGAGCUCAGGCACUGGUCCGACAUGUUGGCUAACCCACGCCGCCCCAUUGCCCAGUGGCAUUCCCUGAAGCCUGAAGAAGAGGUGGACGCAGCUCUUGGGAAAAACAAAUAGGCAUCCCCAUUCCCCAGCAUCACCUACUGAACAUUCAAAGUGAUCCAGAGCUAUCAAUACCUCAGUUAGGCAACGUUUGGUUUCUGUUCCGUUCCAUUUUCUAAGCUGCAAUACCCUCCCUUUGAUGGCGGUAGAGAGAUUCCGGAUGAACUCAAGAGCAUCCCGGGGGGAAAAGGUGUAAAGACGCAGUUGUUCCUUUCGCAUUCCUCAGAGUAGUUUGUCGGCUGCAUGUUCCAUCAUCUCUCCAUGUUGUUCUCUUCAAGCGCAAAGCAAGCUUUUCUCUCGGGUUUCCCCCGAGACCACCAUGAAUAGCAGCACAAAACAGCUUUGCUUUUACUCGCUUUGGGAUUUUCUUCCUCAAAAUUGGACCUUUGAAUAUUGUGCUAGGAUCAUACCAGAGCCUGACAAUGUGAGUUGACCAGAUACACUGUGCUUGCUUUGAAAAAUAGCAAGGUGCGUGAAGUGGUGCUCUUGUGAACCAUUGCAGCAGCGUCACACUUUGGAUUUGGCGGCCUUUGGCGGCCUUUGGCCAUUAGCCAUCUAGCAGAGAGGACAAGGAGCAACUCUGGCACUGGGACAUCUCCGAUUAUGUGGAUAACUGGUGGAUUAAUCCUCUGGGGUGAGAGGAGUGCAGUUUGGGGCAUAGGUAUUGCCUAAUGCUAAUUGCCGUGUAACAUCUAGGUAAUGCAGUGGGUCUUCUGCUUCCUGUAGUUUUCCGUUUUUGAUUAGAACAAUGGAGUGGUACUAGAAGAUAAUUGGGAGCAUCAUAGCUGCACUUCUAGCUGUAAGCUUCCACUCUUCUGUCCAGGUGCAGGUCAGAGUCCUAAAUAUUAUUUGGUUUUCGUUUAUUUAAAGAACAGCAUCAUGGGUUAUUUAUGCAAAUAGCCAAGCUGAGCAGGCUGACCUUUCAUGUGAACGUUUAUAAAAAGCUGCGGCAAGAACCUUCAUGCAGCCUUGCAACCCUGAAACAAAACCCAGCAGCCUGAGGCUGAUUUGCAUACACUUCCCAUCAUGCCUUGCACUGCCAUUUUUCUUUCGAGGACACAACAACGUAAGCUCGUUCUAGUUGGAUUUUGUAUGGCACUCGGAACUGAAAGUGUAUGGGAGGAACUGACUGCGAGGGAGGUUCACAUGUUUCUCUAACCCUCUGAGGGUCAAGAUCUGCUGGAUAGGAGGAGGGGAAAGAAGAAACAGGCCGGUUUGCCCAGUGGGCCACAGGGUGCUUUGUUAAUCUCAGAUUAAGCAUCUAGUUUCUUGGUUAGCAGAGCUGGAGAAUUCAGAGAAAAUGGAAGCUUCCAGUUGGGGUCUCCUCCCCGCACUUCAAUGCCACGCUUAACUAAGACUUAGGGCAAGAGGUUCGAGAGCGAGGGAAUCCAUUCCAAUCAAAGGACCAAAGAUGCAGCCGCAGCUCCUGCUCUGUAUACAGCCACUGUCUAGCUGCCAAACACAUGUAUGGUUUCUUUGCUGAUCCCAGAGGGAUAAGCCAUAUUUCCUACCUAGCGUUUGCACUGAUCACUGAAGGGCCUGUCUGCUUCAUACGUUGGUCCAGCUAUCAAUGUCGUGGACAUCCUGGCUCCCUGUUCAGAUGGUUAUUGGCAGAAGGAGGCAAAUGGGGUAGGUGGGGAAAGGAUGUAGCUGCUGGCAGCAUCCUUCUGCCUCUGUUUUCCUGAUUGACCAUCUGUUCCCUUCGAUUCGAAUCCAUCAUUUCAAGUAUACAGCAGUAAAUUUGGGUCUGAUGCUUUUGGGUUUAGUUCUUUUUUAUUCCAUUUAGUCACCGUGGUGGAUUGGAACACUGGGCCAGCUUACGUACAGGGGCUUCUUUUCUGCUUCUGCAUUUAGUAUG